UGGCAUGUGCACUUCCAUGGCUUAGAAGUUUACUUCUUCAACAUGCAAGUGGUGUAGUAUCCCAAGAAUAUUCUUUGAGUGCCUUGAACUCAUUAUAUUAGGUAAGAAACUUUUAAUAUAAGAUGAUAUCCCGUAUCCCAAAGUAAAAGUUUCGUUCAACAAAGAGCCAUCUUGAAUUUUAGAAUUAGUCCAUAGAAUAUAAAAUUUAAACCUGCGGGAGCAACAUGUUCAUGCGCUUCUUGUAUCACUAGUUAGUUUUUGGAAUUUUCAUUUCCUCAUUUGUUUAAGAGAUAGUUGCAAGUAUGGAGUGUUUUAUCUCUUUGUCGUAAGAAAUCAUGGUAGUUCUUUUCCUUUCAUUGAAUUUUUUUAUUGACUAUGCAGCUCAUUGAGUCCAGAGUUUCAACUUUUCAGUCGGCUCUUCAGCUAUCGAGUGUCUUGGACGUGCAUUAUACAGGGGUAAUUGAUGAUGUUGACGAGAACGAGACAAUCACUCCAUUUAUUUACGAGUCUGAUACAAGUGAUGGAGAGGGAUCUGAGGAAGCCAUGGAAACCGAUCAAGAGAACGAAGAGGAAGACGAAUCUGAUGUUGCCCUUGAUGGUGUUAGUGAUUUUGAAGUAAUUGAGGGCAUGAGUGAGUGAUGCAAGUUUUGAGAUUUAUUUUGGUUGUAUUGUAUUUAUAGGUGGCUGAUAUUCCCCCGAACGGAACUUAUUAGUAAUUGUACGAACCCCAUGAGCAUUCCAUACGAAUGAAAUUUUGUUACAUGCCUGCUUA